AUAUAUAUAAAGUCUAGAACUUUCUGGCCUUUAUAUCGAAAAAUGGUGCAAGUGCAAAUAAGCAAACAUAAUGGGAUCUUCAAUCUUGAUGGACGCUUUCGAGUCAGGUCCUAGGCGAAUAAGAGGGGAUUGUACUUGUGUGCAAGCAAUGUUUUCGUGUAUGGGUCUCACAUUCUUGUUCAGUUGAAACUCUUUACCUCACACCCUGUUUGGUGUAGUUUGACAACAGGAUGCAGCUUUGUUGAGUUUUCUAUACAGAGAACUGGAAAUACCUCAAAGCUGAUGGAACGCCAAUAAAGAAGAAUUUGAAAACGGAUGGAACUGCCACAGAAAAAUCAUAUUUUGGUUUUAGAGCGACCUCAUUCAAAAAGGGAAAAAAGAUGAAAAAUAAGAAAGCAAUGACAUUAGAUCGUUGACCUGUAGAACACGUGAAUAACCUUUGCACUGAUAUUUCCCAUUUCAAUUGGAUGCCAAGUUAUGGGAGCCACAAUUUAGCUGGCAAUGUUAAUAACAUGAGUCCUAGAUGUAUUAUUAUUGUAUAUAAGUCGUAAGAAUCGACAAUGGACUUCUAUAUGGCCCGUGGUGGCGCAUUGUAUAGUUGCAGGAUCUAAAUUUGACCAAAUACAAGGUGCAUCGUUUUAGCUGAAGUACACUAUCCAAUAUCUAUGUUAUCCUCUUUCCUUAAGUAGAUAUAUAUUUAUUUAAAAAUAAAAAUGAAAGACAAACCGAAGGCAUUAAAGGUAGUAGCGGUGGCGAGGAGAAAGCUUCGGUAUAGUAGAAAAUGGAAGCCUUUGGUUGUCCUAAUUAUGCGUGUAUAUGAAUUAUUAUUGCGGUCAUUUUUAUGACAAAUGUUGACUAUAGUAACGUACCUCCUAGUCCCUAUUUUCCAAUGUGUAUAUAUAUAUAUACAUAGCAUAAGAAGAGUUGCAGCUGUACCCAAAAUCUUUUUCGCUGAACACGCCCUGCAUUUUGCAGGAGGAGAGUGCCAAGGCAAAUCAAUUAAUUAAUUAAUAUUGGGUUGGGGCGGGGGAGUGGAGUGGAGUGGAGGUUUCCGAAGAAUGACGGGAAGCGUAAUCGCCGUCAGGGAGGACAACAAAAAUGAGAAUAAGAAGGGGAAGCCGCCAGGCGUUUUCGGCUUGUUCAAAGCUGCAAUGUUGGUGUUGCGACAUCGUACAAAAGGAAAGAAAAAAGCUGCUCAGGUAACCCAGACCCAGCAGCAGGGAGAUUGGAAGAAGCUGGUGGGCUCUAUGCGCCCUUUGCAUCUGCAGGACAACACCAAUAUUGAUAAUAGUACAACAUCGUCAUUAUUACCAUGGGAUGUCACGUCACCCUCUGCUGCUUCUUCAAGCAGCGGAACAAUGAGCCAUUACGCUUCAGCAAACGAUCUGAAAUCAUUGGAUAUUGCCUCAUCCCCGAUGAGCCAAUACGCUUCAGCAAACAAUCUCCAAGAUCUCGACCAAGACGAUCCUGACCAGGCCUUCGAUGCUAUUGGCGCUGACGACAUGAUCGAUGCCAAGGCCGAGCUCUUCAUCCUUCAGUUUUACCAACAAAUGAGACGCCAAAACAUUGAUUCAAUCAGUGGCCAAUUCAAUUAAUUCAAACCAACGUUACGUAAUAAAUAAGGGGCUAGCCAGCCAGCUAGCGAUUUUCUCGCAUAAUUGUUUCAUCCAAUUAUACACGUUAUCUGAAAUGAUGAUCGGAUGACUAGCUAAUUAUAUAUAUAUAUAUGAUAUGAUGAUGAUGAAAAGUUCGUACCCACGACAAAUCAUUGAAUUUAAUCUAUAUGCUAUAUAACAAUACAAGAGGAACGUAACAAGCAUGAAUAUGCAUAACAUUCUGGCCAGCCUUUUGCUUUGAUUUCAUAUCUUGCUUUUUCUUUUUUUUUUUGUUCUUAGGGAGUAGUUUCACAUUACAUAUUUAACGACUAGUUGAAAACAAAUUUUGCCUUGUAUUUAAGUGUCCUUCAGUUUUUCCCUCAUUUCUAUCUAAAUUCUUCAUUAUCGGUUUCGUCUUUUGA